AUGGCAGGCAGGAAUGAGAUGCAGUUUGAAAAGUUAAUUGAUGAAGCUACAAGGAAAAAAGACUUCCACUUACUAGAACAAUUUCUGGCAACAGAAGAGUGUGAGAAUGUCUCUCACAAAUGCAGCAAACAGUUUGUCAACAAAUUAGACAAGCUUCUGUGUCGGGAACUUGACAAACAAGAAGUCAAAAGCGUUUCCACUUUACUAAAUUAUAUUCAGAAAUUUGGGGAAAAAAUCAGCAUAGCAGGAGAAGAUGGGCUCCCAGCCCUGAUGAAAUAUGGCCUUAUUGGAAGGAUGGUUAAUUGGUUUGAAAAGGUGAAAGGAAUUUUUAUCCUCAGAGGAAAUGAGAAGAGUGAAAUGCUUACAAAUCUGGCUGAGGAUUUCUUCAACGUGUUGCUGGCCGUAUGUGAUAGCAGACCUGAAGGUAAAAUAGAAGUACUAGAAAACUUUGUUCUGAGAACAUGUACCCUCAUCGCUGAUGUAAGAAUUAGUAUUUAUGUUCAGCACGAGGUAGUAAGAAAACUUAAUUUAAUGCUUGACAACACACCUCGAGAUGCCAAGAAAAAUAUAUUUUCUACAAAGGAAAUGUUGCUUGCCAUGAGUGACAUGGGGAGGAGAAUUUUGGAUGCUGGAGACUAUGACCUGCAGGUAGCCAUCACAGAAGCUUUAUGCAGAAUGGUGUCAGAGAAACAAAGAGGAGAACUGGCAUGCCAGUGGUUUUCCAUGGAGUUUGUGUCAAAUGCAUUUAAAGGAAUUAAAGAUUCUGAGUUUGAAACAGAUUGCAGAAAAUUUCUUAACCAGGUCAAUGGCAUGCUUGGAGACAAAAGAAGGGUUUUUACAUACCCAUGUUUAUCAGCAGCUCUUGAUAAAUAUGAGCUACAGAUACCAUUGGAUGAAAACCUUGAAGAAUUUUGGGUUGAUUUCAAUGUUGGUAGCAGAAGUAUAUCUUUCUAUGUGGCAGCAGAUGAUGCAGAUCAUCAGUGGGAAACAGUCAUUAUACCAGAAGAAGGGGUAGACCUAUACAGCCUUGAAGAAAAAGAUUCAAAAAUAUUACUAACAAUAGAUCUUAAAAGCCCAAUGAAUGUGGGUAAUCAAGAAGGAGAGAAAUUUUUUUUAUAUUUUGAUUCUAUCUUGGAAAUCAGAGAUGUAACCAGAAAGAUUUAUGGAUCUAGUAAAUGUAAGGGCUUUACUAAGAAGCGGUCUGCAUCAGUGUCUGAAACAACUGUACAUGUUGUCUUUGAUGAAAGUGGAUCACAGGUUCUGGUACCAGAAAGUCAGUUGUCACCACGUUUGGAAGCAAAAUCUAAAGAAGAGGAGAAACUCAGUAAGUACGAAGCCCAGCAACUUCCUGGAACUCUGACGACUCUGGAUAAAAAUAACAAUCAAGAAAAAUGCAGAGAUAGUUCCUCCAAGUCGACUACAUCUUGUAAAAGGAAAGUGUCUGAAGCAUCUGUGCUUAUUCCUGCAAUGACAAGAUUUUCCACAAGAAGUCCACUGGUAUUUGUUAGCACAGCCACUCCUUAUAAAGGACGAUUUAAAUUACCUUUGGAAAUGAUGAGCUCUGCUGAAAGGUCUAACAAUAAUGAAAUAAAUGAGACCAAAACAAAGAAUUUAUAUCAAGAACCUACUGGACGAAUGUGUGCUGAGGAAGUUUUAGACAUGGUACAGGAGCUAGAAAUUGAGGUCACACAAAAGCAGACUUUAGAUGAAGCAUUAGGUAUUGUUCCUGAUUCUCAGCCGGUAGGAAGAAGUAACAAACCUGUGCUGUCUGAUCUUUUGGAGAGUUCUUUAGAUAAAAGCAAAACGUGGAAGAAAAGAGCAUGCUCAGUUCCUGAGAAGAAUAUAACAAUUGGUGACAAGCAAAAGCUAAAUCCAUCAUUGGCCCAUUCAUCCCAUCCAGGUAGAGCAUCUGAAACGUCUCUGCAUUUGGAUUUUGCAAAAGAGGAACCUGAUGUUCUCUUUAGAAAAGAUGCUGCAAAUCCAAGCCCGUCAAAAGCGAAAACAAAGUCUAAAGAAGUGACAGAUGCAACAAAAUCACUAAUUAGUAAAAUCAGUGACAGAUAUACAGUCAAGACUUACAAUACAAGCAAAGCAAGAGACUCCUUGGGUUUUAACAGGCCACACUUAAAGAAAUACUGUGUCUCUAAGGAAGUUCAGGAUAGAAAACUGAAAACCACUUCUGUUCUUAAUAUAACUGCUGGUCAUACUAUGGAUGAUGUCUACAACUUUACCACCAGUGGGUUUGAUGAGCCUACCAUAAAGCUCGGGAUCAAAGAAUUGUGUGUCACUGAACUGAGUGUUCAUACAGAUUCAAACAAAAAAAGGAAUGCAGAUGACAGUAAAACCAUCACUGAGCUGAAAGGAAGACAAAAAACUAGAAACAAUAAAAACAAGAAACAUCUCUUUAGUGACACAGACACAGAAUACAGAGGUGAUGACAGCAAGACAGACAUUAGUUGGCUACAAGAAUCAAAUAGAAAAUCUAAAGCCCAGUUAAUUGAUUACAGUAGAAAUAAAAACUCAAGGAAACUGAUAAUCACAGACAAAACAGCAGAUAAACUCUCUGAACCUGCUGGCCACCUGGAUAAACCUAAAGGCAAAAAGGCAAAUAAGAAAAAGAUUAAAAAAUGUGAAAAACAUAAUUCCAAAACUGAUGAAAUGAUUGAGCCAACCACCAGAAAAAAACUACCUCGAAGAGCAGCACCUGCAAAAAAUUACAAAGAGCUUUCCAGUUCUGAGUCAGAGAGUGAAAGGAAAUCUUCACUGUGCACUUCUAAGGAAGAUAAAUCAAAAAUACAGAGUUUAUAUAUGAGUGGAGAAAACAAGAAUGAUAAUCAGCCAAAGCAACUCCAGAAUACUGUAUCUGUGGAGCAAAAGAGAAUAGCUAACUAUAUACAUAAAUUAUCUAUUAAAUCAAAGAACUCUGCAGAAGAAAAGGAAAUUGACAUGCCUUCACCUGAGAGUCCUGCAUCUCCUGAGAUGAUGAGAUGUGCUGAAAGAAUAUCCGGAGAAGCUGUUACUCAAGAACGUGCUUCUAGUGAAACAUCACCUGGUCUGCAGGAGUCAACACUAGAAAAAGGAGAAAUGUUAAACUUUGAGAAUGGAAUCUCUCCCAAUAAUUUCUGUCCACAAGAAAAGAUUAUUCAAACUACAUGUCUGAAUCAGACCUCUGAGACAACUAUUAAAAAAUUAACCUUUGGAAGUAAAAGUUUCUCGCCGGUUUUAACUGAAGCAUCUUUGCUCAGGUUAUCAACGUACCAAACUCUAAGUGGAAAACACACAAAGGGAGCUGCAUCUGAAACAUGUGAAAAUAAAGAAGAUUCAAGUUUCAGACAUUGCUUUUCAGAAACACUUGCUAUUAAAGGAAAACUACAGGAUGUCACUAAACAUAUUACCAAAAGUAAAGAAGAGGACUGUCUACCACCAUCUCCAUUUUCUGUUUCCAGUGGAAGUAAAGCACAGUCUUGGAGUGAAGAACCUUAUGUGCCCCCCAUACAUGAGUCAGGACCAAUUAUACAGACAUUUUUCAAACGAAGGUACCCCAGUGAUACAGAAAGCAAUUCUGAUGAAGUAGAAACAAGCAAAGAGGAGGAAAAGAAAGGAAAAAGGAGAACAAAGUUACAGCCUAGAAAAUUAUUUAAAAUAGAUGAUGCUGUUACUCACAGAGUGUCUGAAAGCACAUCUAAUGUGUCUGUAAAUGAUCUGACUGGUUUGGAUGAGGAAAUCUGGGAACCUGGUUGUUCAACUAUCAGUAUAUGUCAGAAGCUCCAAAAGGAAUUUACUAAGAAAAUUGAGAGCCGCUCACGGAAAAUGGAUCAUUUUUCUAAGCAAUCAGUAAGAGCUGCCCAUGAGCAUUUGACAAAAAUGAGUUACCAGCUCCGUGAAUGCAGGAGCAGGCAGCUGGACAAAUUUCAUUUUACUCUCCUUGAGGAAAUUGAGAACUUUGAAAAAGAUUCUCAGUCCUUGAAAAACAUGGAAAAAGAGUUCUUGAUCUUUUGGAAAAAACAUACACAUACUUUUAGUACAUACAUGAAAAAUGAGCAGCAGAGAAUUCAGAUUCUUAAAACUUCAUAUGAAAAGAACAUCUACCAUACUGUUGACUAUGAAGAAAAUAUUUUUACAUCAGAGAUGCAUCUGAUGAAAGAAGACUUAAAAGGACUCCAAGAGAAACUUCUUAAAGAAAUGCAAGAAGAGGAGCUGUGUAAUGUUCGCAGAGGACUGCAGGCCUUGUUCAAUCAGAAGACAGAAUUCUGAAUUGAUAUUUUCAGAUACCUUCCUGACAUUGAAGGUGAAUAUAAAUACACUUUUAUAAUGUAAAAUUUGACAACUUUCUUUUUUUUUUCCCGUCAAGGAAAUUGUUAAAAUGAAAGUUUAUUUUCUCUAAUAAUAGUAAAAUCUCUGUGAAUAAGGCUUCUCCUUUUCUAUGGGAGAUUUGGAAUUAUUUUACUGAGUCUGCUAAAAUGUAACGUGUACAUUUUUGGAUUUUUAGCACAUGCUAUUUUUUAAGCAGUCUUUAACAAUUUUUAUGGUUUAUUUAAAUGAAUUUCAGAGAAAUUACUUCGAAUUUCACUUUAAAUCUAUGUUUUGUGUACAGAAUACCCCUUUUGUCUGAUCCAGAAUGCAAUCAGAAAUUAUUUAGGACUCAAAUUGCCUGUUUAGAUUGCAGUCUUAUUUGUCUGUGCUGUUAGACUUCAAUAGGAGGUUCUAAGAGAUAACAAAACUCUAAACACUUGUGGUUGAACUACGUUGCAAAUAUUUGUAUUAAAUAUUUCAAG